AUGGCACGCCUGCCACAGUCGCAGCCUUCCUCUCGAACUACUCGAGAGCGAAACGAAGGCAUCGACCCCAGCUCUGUUGUCGAGAGCCGCACACGUCCAAACCGGAAGGCUUCCGACAAGAAGGAGCAGCAGUACCAGGACGAGAUUGAUUCCCAGAAUGAGAAAAUUGCCAAGCUUCAGCGUAUGCUCCAGUACGCCAAUCUAACUCCUAGUAUGCUAGAUGGCAACGGGCCUGAGAGUGAGGAGGAGGAGCCGCCUUCGCAUGGAGGGGCGUUUUCCUCAAAUUUCACAACCCUUCGGCAGCGUACAGAGUCAGCCUCCACAAGCCCACCUCCCAAGAGACUCCGUCGCUAUGGUGAGGGCCGUCCGGCAGAUGCGGCAGGUGCAGCCACCCUCAUCAACCGUCGGGAGAACACCAAUCCUGCGUCUCCUCGCACUGUUCCAACCCCUGCCUCUUCACAUCAACGCCCACCAGCAGAUCGCGCCUGCAGCCCUGCUGGCAGCGCGACUGACAUCAGCGCCGACCCUGUCCCUCCGUCAUUGAAGCCAGGGGUCGACAGCAACAGCACCACCAAAGCCAAGUGCUCUGACUACAAGGCCCCUGCAUGUGAUGUCAUCCUCCGUGGCAUCCGUGACUAUGAAGCCCGUGUGCUCGGAGAGAACCCCUUCCCCAGUGCCGAGGACCAAUACCAGUGGGCUAUUGAUGCCUUUGGUCUUGCUAACCGCGAGAACCGAAAGCGCAAUGCCGGCCGCCCUGUCCCAACGUAUGAAGCCACUGACCGUGUGAUUCAUGUGAUUAAAAUCCGCCACUCUCACGCACGUGGGCAUCUUCUCGAUCCAACGCGCAUGGCUAUUGUCAGUCAGUUUGGGGUCAAGAAGUCGCCCAUCAACGACCCCGAGGCAGCCAAAAAUCUCCGCCAUGUGGAAUGGCUCCUCGCUGACCACCGUUAUAUGUUUUUGCACCAGGACCAAGGGACCGGGAUUGCCAUGCAUCCUAUCCUCAUUGACAUUGUCGCAGAUGGCAUGUUCCGCAAGCCCUCGUCUGGUGCUCUUCUUAGUAUCAAGUACUUCCGGCCCAUCAGUCUGCGGACCAUUGCCCUCAUGUUUACUGUUAUUCAUUUUUGUCUUAGAGAGUAUCGUGACGGCGAGGGCCGUCUUUCUCAGUCUAAGAAGUUUUCGGGGGAUGAUAAUACUAACAAGGCCGUUUAUGAGGAUCUGCUCGAGCGUCUCCAUCAGUGGGACCAGCUCGACCCUAACAUCUCGCGGAUGAUCCGCACGAAUAUUUUUGACCAGGCAUACUACAUAACCCAGCAUGAGAAGUACGACGACGGGAGCCGGCCAGCUGGGCUUUUGGACUCAGAGAAGGAGGCUGAGCGAAAACUUAUGCGUGAGUACUAUAACCAGUCGUUGUCAGGGGGGGCUUCGUUGUCGGGUGGGGCUUCAUUGCCGGGGGGAGCGUCAUCAUCGGGUGAGGCUUCCACAGUGCCGGAGGGAGCUUCGCUAUCGGGGCAAGCCCCAUCGCCGGGGGGGGGUUUCGUCGUCGUCGGAAGCUUAAAUAGAAUAUGUUCUCUACAACGUUUCGCAUAG